UUCAGGAGGGCUAUUUGAAAAGACCUUUCUACACAAACAGAAUAAAGGCGAGAUAUAAAUAUCGAUUAAAAGCGACACAUGUGACGUUACUUUACGGGUUUAAUGCUUUAGACCUUUCGUUUUUAUAUCAGCAAAGAACACCAUUAAAGCUGUAAAAUGAGUGCAGAUGUGUGUGCUGGUGUGAAGGGCAAAUCCUUCUACCUGCAUGAGGUGAAGAAACAUCAGACUGUUACCCUUACUGACAUCAUCAGCCGAUUGGGAGGGAAAGUGGACAGUUUCCUCAAUAAGGAUGUGAACGUGGUUGUGACAGGCGUUAAAGAAGCUCUCUGUGAUUUCCUGGCUGAUAGUCAGUCUACUGGACCUGGAGGAAAACAUUGUGGAACCACCAAACCUUUGGUUUGUGGAAGUCGUGGAAAAGCGUUGCUGGAAAAAGUCAUUCACAACAAUGAGAAGUGUAAGGGCAGUGUGCUGGCUAAUGCUCGCUCUUGGGGCGUCAAGAUCGUGAACGUAGAUCAGUUCCUGAAGUUUAUUGCUCACCUGAAUCAGAAAAGGAAGACAGCUGAGAAUAAAGGCAGUAAAGGAUCAGCUCCACGUGUUAAAGCUGGGGUCUUGAGGGGACCUUAUCUGAAGGUGGAGGAUUCUAGCCGGAAAUACAGACCCUCGUACUCACAGACUUUGAAUUUCCCAACAAUGAGUUACUCAGGGAUAUUUAGCCCUUUUGAACCUCCCAUUCCUCAACAACCUGAUAGAAGUAAGGAGCAAGAAGCUAACAAGGACAAUUUGAGGAAAAAGGAAGAACAAUCUAGGAGCCAUGAUAAAUUGUUGGCUCCGCUUUCACCAAACCUCACACCCCGAGGGCCAACCAAGAAAAGUACAGGCUUUUGUGAGUGCUGCCACAUGCCCUACAAAGAUCAGAACGAGCACUUGCAAUCUGAGAUGCAUCGUACUUUUGUUCAAAAUGAUAGUAACUAUGCUGUAGUGGACCAACUAACAGCUAGCAUGCAUGCUAGCUUUGUUUCAAAUCCAAAAGAAGUGGAUCCAACGCUAAUGAAGUCAUUGGCAGGCUGCUCUCAAUCACCUUUGACUCAUUUAACUGAAAUGGAACAACACGCUGAUGAUCAUCUACCACCAAUUACUGACCUGGACACUCAAGAUUUAGACAACAAAGGACACGAUCUUGAGUCUUACCAGUGUCCACCUGUUCUAAGUAAUGUCGCCUCAGACCUUUAUACUUUGCAAAAUAGCUCUCAUAGUGUUCUUGACCAUGAUUCAAACCAAGACAAAUUAGAUGUUUACAUUAAGAAACUUCGAGAUCCUGUGCUGAUGUAUACCACUCCGCUUCAAUCUAAUGUUCUCCACAUGGAGCUUCUCCCACAUGACGUUUCCUCAGAAGCCCAAUCCAUAGAAAAGACACUGAAGAGCCUCGCUUCUAUCGUACCUUCAGAAAUUCAGGUGCUUACCCCAAGUUCCCUUAGAGAAGACUAUACUGUUUCUGGUGGAGCAUGCCUACCACAAACUCCAAGACCUUCUCAGGAUCUUUGCGAAGCAGGCCAUGGUGGACUUGUAUUUCAUAUUCCAAAGAGUCUUACAGAAGCUUCUCCUAACACUGUGUCCUUCAAAAAUCAAAAACAAGAUCGAGAUGAAGAUUUAAAAAUGUGCUCAAACACUCCCAGAUUGCUACUAAAGGGUGGGGAAGACGAUAUUUCUGAAAGACAUGGCCUUUUGGUGUUGGAGCAUAAAACAUUGCCUUCAGUGAAGGAUUCUCUCAAAUCUGCCCUAGAUAGAUUUGGGACUGCAAAGGGUGGUGUCUCUUACUUUUCAUUACCUCAUCCUCUACCAUUACCACACUUGUCAGAUUACCCAUUGUCUAUAGUUAAUUUAAGGAAGCGCUGUAGGUCCUUCAAUCCAAGACGAAAAUUUGCCAAGAGAAGGAGGAUUAGCCAGAGGCCAAGUGAAAAGUCAAACCCAUCCUGGGAUUUCAAUGCUCCCUGUUUAAGACACUACUCAUCAGUUUUUUCAAACAUUUCAUGUUUACCCAUCUUCAAGGUGGGUAUUACAACAGAGAUGAGUAAUCCAACUGGAGGCGGCAUACUGCAAACCCAAGAACAUUCGAUGGUAAAUCAAAUACCAGUGUGGCCCUCAUUAACAUGUGCUUCCGCUGGCCACUUUUUGCCUUAUCAAGUUGAUCAGCUAAGCAAUGUUGAAACUCAACCUUGCGACCAUGUUGAGCCAUCACAUCAAUGGCCACCAUUUACAGAUCCCUUAGAAUCCCAGGUAACUACUAACCCUUCCUCUGAUUCGGGCCCUCCUCGGUUGUUCCCGUUUUUUCACGAAGAUUAUCGACUCCAGCAGCAUCAGGAUCAUGAUCCUCCACAGUUGUUCCCUUAUUUUGUCGAGACACCUGAAGAUACCUCACAGAUGUCUGUCAGUAAAGCCUCCAACAGUUCUGUUUUGUCUGGAGCGUCUGUUUGCAUUGAAUCUGGUCUGCUUCCUAACCUAAAUUGCUCCAUGGCCUCUUCUGAGUCGGAUUGGGACUCCGGCCUAUUGUCGUGGCUUGCGACUGCAGGUCCUCUCCAGGCCAAAGGGGGGCGAGAUGAGCUGGGACUGUUACUACAGAAACCAUACACUGGCAUGCAGGAUGGAAACUAUACAUCACAUUUGUGCUCCGUAUUGCAACCCUCUUGAUUCAGCUGUUGAGGGCAAAGUUGCCCAAUUCACUAUGGGACAUGAGAGACAGUUGACGCAAUGCAUGGUCUUAGGGGUAGUAAUAAGAUUCUCAUUAUUGUUCUCCAUUCCCAUUAAUCCUCUUUUUUUUUUUUUUUUUUUUUUUUUUUUGCAAUUAAAUUGCAAGAUUGUCUUAAUUUUUAUUCUUUGCCACCAUUUUUUGGGAAGGAGAAGACAAAGUAUGCAGAAUUCUUCUAAACUUGUGAAAGCGUUUUUCACGUGGUAGAACAUUGCCAUUUAUAGAAGUGAGUCUCAGAUGCACAAGAGCGUGAUGGCUUUUUAUUUUUUGGAAUUAAUGUUAAAUAUUUGGCGUAAAUAAUUCCCUCACUGUUUUCUUGUAUGUCCUAUUUUGGUUAAAACUGCACUAACUAAAUACUGUUUGCUCUUCAACUAACAACUAUAAAAUGAACUAGUCUUCAUGUCACUAUUUUUUGGGCAUGCAUUUGGGAACUCUAUUCCAUAAUAUUAUACAUCUAAAAAAAUCUCCCCAAAAACAAAAUGAAUACCACCUGGAACUUAUAAUCAGUAGUUGGCAAGUACGUCAUGCUUUGCUCUUAAAGUGACACCUAUGACUUCUGUUUUGGCUCAGUCUUACCAUGUGUGUUGAACAUGACCUUUCAACAGUCAUAUCCAGUGCUUGUAUUGAGAAUUUAAUGAGGCUUUGUUGGAGGGGCUUCAUUUAAUUAGUUUAAGUGCUGCGUCUGGCCUGUUUCCAGUUUAGCGUUGUGUAGUUUUGGAGAACAUGCAGGAUAUACUGUGAAGUCACAAAUGUCCCUUGGCUUAACGUGUGAGACAUAGAGUGGAAAAACUGCAUGGUACAGGCUAAAAUUAUGUGUGUCCUUCAUGAAAGUCUUUUGUAGUAUUUGGUAAUCCUUUGAGAGAACUUUUUUUCUUUUUGAAGAAGUUUUUCAUAUGCAUCAAAGGUUGUAAUGUUGUAUGUGUUAUAAAAAGAAUGUUUUGUAUAUGUACAGCGGUACAUGUAGCAAGACUGUAAAAUCUCUGAUUUACAACUCACAUUUACAAGAUAUUAAAUAAACUGGAAAUGAGCCUUAUUAAAAAAAAGAGCAAUUACACACAUUUUAACAUAUAAGCCUGAAUUAAUUUAGAGUGUUACAGCCCCUUGAGGAUUAACUUGCCAGUCUUACUUUGAUUUUAUGAUUCUCUACUUUGGGCUCCAAACCGCCAGCAUUUUUUAUUUUAUUUUGUAACGUUUUUCUUGUGUAAUGAAAGACCAUUUUUUCCAUAAGCUUGAAAUCUAUGUUUCUGUGUGAAAUAUCUCAAGUGUUUAUCAUGAAAUAAUUUUAAAGACUAAUCAAUGUGCAGCU